CAGAGGUUCUAAGAAGAUGUCACUAAAAGCUCAAGAUGUCAGCAAAAGAAAACUGUCAUCAGCAACAUCGAAGGAAGAAAUCCUCAGUUUUCUGCAGGAGGUCCAAACUGGUUCGUUUAAAACAUUAGAAGAGAGCUCAAGUCUUCAGAGUCUGGAGGAGAUUUAUGAGGAUGACACAAGCUCAGAGGCAUGCACUAGAGGUAGGCACGAGCCAAGCAGGCAAAAGAACCGCCUCAGCAUCGUAAGCAUGACUAGUGUUGACAGCGGGGUUACUGAGGGGGUGCAGGACUCUGCAGACACAGCCAAGGAUACCCCAAAGGGAGCAGAAGUGGAGAGGGUGGACAGUGGGGUGGGAUCUGAGACCAAAGCAGGAAUGAAAAAGAAAAGCAAGGUAUAUGCGGGCCCAGUCUGUGAGGAUUGCAACAAAACCAUCAGUGUGUUGGACCUGGAGGAUUGUGUAGAAACACUGUGCACGAAGUGUCAUUCACGUAGAGUGGAGAGGAAGGAAACCAUUCAGGAGCUGGUGGACACAGAGCUCAGCUAUGGCAGAGAUCUGCGCAUCAUCAAGGAGGAAUUUAUGGCUCCAAUGGAAACAGCAUCUUUGCUGACUCCUGAACAGUUAGACACUAUCUUCAUCAAUCUACAAGAGUUGAUUGACAUCAAUGACAAAUUUGCAGACAAACUGCAGGAUCUCGUUGAAUUGGCCAAUGAACAGGGAGAUGAGGACUAUGUCACAGUAUAUAUAGGACAACUUUUCCUGGAAUCCUCCAACAUGUUCCUGGCUUUUGAGAACUACUGUGUGAAACAGGCAGCAGCUCCACUUCUGUUGGAACAACUGGAGAAGGAGAAAGAGCUACUGCGGAUAUUCCUACAUGUGUCUCAAACAGAAAACUCCUUGCUCAGGAGAAUGAAUCUCAAGUCUUUUCUCAUGGUGCCUGUACAGAGAAUCAUGAAGUACCCUCUGCUCCUUGGGAGGUUACACAAGUCCACAUCUAGUCAUCACGAAGACAGGGAAGCAAUAAAAGAAGCUCAAUGUAGAGUAGAAGAAAUCCUGGAUCAUAUCAAUGCAAAAACCAAAGCCUCAGCCACUGGUCUCAGAUUACGGAGAAAAGGAUCAGGCUCCAAGAAGAGCAUAGGUACUGACAAUAUAGAACUAAACAAGGUUGCCUUGGAAACGCUAUGUUGGACCAGGAAUGAGGUAAAAAUAAUUACUGCUGGAAAGCUACAGUAUGCACAGCCUGCUGACUCUACCUGGCCCAGGAAGUACAAGAAUCUCAAGUUUGCACCUAUUUUUGGUGUUUUGGCCACACUUGGAAAUCCCAAGCCUUACAACACACUGGAUGAAGUGAUGCUGUUUCCCAGACCACAUACAGUCCCACAGCAGGCGGCGCUUGUGAUUAUACGGGAGAAAGGAGGACGCUUUCAAAGUAUUAGGGAACCUAUGUAUCUAGACAAGUGUGUAGUUGCCAUAGACCCAGAACUGCCAGAGGUCUUUGAGAUCCAUGAGAUGGCAAAAGAUGUCUUUCUCUUUAAGGCUGAAGACCCCAAAGACACCUUAUUGUGGUACCGCCACUUGAAGUAUUUAAGUCUCGGUCAAGGAACCUGGAGACAUAGAAGAAAUGGACUUGCCAAUAUCAUGAUAAAAAAUAAACCAAAACCAGUUUAAAAUUUUGCAAAUCCCAUAACAUAAUUAUUAUUGUGAAAAGUGUUCUCUUGUGCUGCUUUAGAAUUAUACAACAUAGUAUUGACUAUAUUAGGAGAUAAGUGAUCUUUACUUCAUUUAAGAUGAUAUUUCACAGACUAUGAAAACCUUCCUUCUAAGGGAAAUACCAGAGAAGUUCUUUGCUUGGCAAAUGUGAUAAAAAGACAAUCAGAACUAUUGCCUGGACCGUUUAUUUUACACAAGAUUUUCUCAGUGAUGUUGUUGUUCUGAAAAUAGAGUUGUGGGCGUUCAAGGUUGUGUCAUACUGCAUUGGACAAUGUGAAAAUGGUGCCAUGUGUAUCACAUGGCUCUGUACUUCUGGUGGGUCCAGUGUUUUGCUAAAGGGGGGGGGGGGCACAAGGAUAAAAUGUUUUGUUUUGUUUUCUUUUUUUCAACCUCCUGGAAUUGGCAAAGGCAAUUAGGGCACAGAGAUGGAAAAUUAUUUGAUUUUAUCUUGUUUUUCUUAAUUGUUGCGCUAUUUUGGGAAGGGAAAAAGAGGGUACAUGUUGCUUAGGGGAGGUGGAUACAGGACCCACUGCUCCUCCUUUGGAUAAACUAGCAUGAAAUAGUAUAUUUACAUAUAUGCCAUAUUGCACCAUAGUGAAAACUAUAUAUUCUGUGGUAUGCAUAUGUACAGUCAGUAUAUUUAUAUGUGCUCUUGUCCACAAUGGAAUGAAGAUGUGGGAAUGAGUGGUUAAUCAAUUUUUAAUGAAAAUAUUUUUCUUUUAGAAGGAUGUAUUUAUUUAUUAUUUUAAAAGUGGUUCCGU